UGUAAAUACGCCGCUACACUAAGGCUACAUUUAGAAAACUAUAGGACAUUUGCUUUUCCUUUCUCACCCCGUUCUUUAAUGUUGCACGCAGUCGAAUAAAAUUGACUUAGCUGCGCCUUUUGUGCAUAUACGAGUUUCUGAUACGUCUGAUGCUACACCUAUUCUCUUUUGUACGAAUAAUCAGCACAGUACGCUUGUUCAAACAUUACAGCAUUUCGAAAGUAAUGGUGCCGCCACACUCUAUAUCGUUAACUGUUGUGGGUAAUGGACGAUUGGGUUCCCCUAAAUCUGUGCUCAUUGAUACGGGUAUAUGUCGCUACCUGGUUAAUUGUGGCGAAUGCACACAAAGAAUUUUAACAGAAUCUAGAUCGAAAGCUUCCCGUAUACAACACGUUUACCUUACGCGUAUGUCGUGGGAUCAUGCUGCUGGCUUACUAGGUGUUGCAUUAACUGCUAAGGCUGCAGGAGUCAAGAAGCUGACUAUUCACGGUCCACCGGAAAUAGAACACUUAAUGCAGUUAACUCGUCCAUUCGCCGAUUGUGAAACAACUGAUAUUGUUAUGAGCGAUAUUCGGAAAUGCUACACUGAUGAUGCAUUCUGUGUACAGUCUUUUGAAGUAUGCAAGCCAAGCGAUUUGAAUGAAGAACCAGUUCCAAAGCGAUCUAAGGAGGAAGAUGGGUAUCCUUGUCGUCGUGAGUCAACUGUUUUCAGUUAUUACUUUCAGUCGUAUCGUACACGUCGUAAGCUGGUAAUGUCGAAAUGCAUUGAAGCUGGUAUACCGACAUCGGUUUUGAAAUCUGGAGCAAUACAAACUCUGAUAAAUGGAGAGAAUUUGGUCUUAAAUGAUGGACGUGUGAUAACACCAGAAGAAGCUACUUUGCCAUCAGCUCCGCCUAAGAAUUUCCUCUUCAUCGACUGUCCAGAUGCUGAUUAUAUUCCUGCAUUCAUGUCUAAUGAACAGUUUUUCAAUACUCUUGCCUCUAAACCGUCUGAUGAACAAUUAACUGCUGGUGUAUCGUUCAUUGUGCAUUUCUUACCUCAAGGCAUGUUCUAUUCAAAUGAAUAUCAGAAAUUAGUUCAGAGACUAGAAGAAUGUGCCCUUCAAACAACAACAGAUGAUCCUAACAAUGAGAAUACUACUGGUGUUAAGCAUUUAAUUAUUGACGGUACUGGUUUUAUAACCGAUCGUGUGGGUAUGUACAGUCAAACGUUCAUCUUGAAUCGAUUUUUUGACUCGACUGUUUAUCCAUUACUUCAUGAUAUGACAGAUCCUGAUGCCAUUUCAAAACGUAAUAAAACAAUAGAGAAUCCGAUUGAUCCUUUCACUGAUGUUGUACAUGCUGAACCGCAUAUGCACUUUUCUUUGAGACCGUGGAGAGGAUACAAUAAAUCUGAAUAUCCAAACUUAAAUGUGGACGAGUUUGUGUCUCAAGUUUUUGAUCCACUUUAUAUGAGUUUAAAAGAAGCCGAAGAUCAGUUUGCUAAAAUGCGAGAAUCUCUGAAACUUAACAAACCACAAGAUCAUAGAUUAGCAUCUGAGCAGUACCCUGAGAUCACAUUUCUCGGCACUGGAUCAUCGACUCCAAAUAAAUACCGAAAUAUCAGCUGCAUUCUCAUGCAGUUAGAUCCGGAUAACUUUAUAAUGUUGGAUUGUGGAGAAGGCUCUUUAAGCCAACUCUAUGCAUUAUAUGGUUUGGAGAAAGGGAAUGAAAUCCUACGGAAAAUUAAGUUAAUUCUAAUCACUCAUAUGCAUGCUGAUCAUCAUGGGGGUGUUUUCACUGUCGCCUUAACUCGUUGGAAUCUACUCAGGUCAGAUGGUGUUGAUAAAUCCAACUGCCUGUUGCCUGUCUGUGCACCAUCAGCAUUCUACCAUUGGUUAAUGAAUUUCAGUCAACUGUUCAAUUAUAGCCCGAUUGUUGAUCUCUGUGUUAUCUCCAGCAUUUAUACUCCGCCGAAACCGAAUUCCUCCCCAUCAUGGACAUUGAAUACUACUACUGCUGGUGAGAAAACAGAUAGAUGGUUACAGCUGUUAAAACAGAUGAAUAUUCAUAUUAGACCUGUGAAAGUUCCGCAUACACGUUCAUCAUGGGCUUAUAUUAUUGAUAGUCCGUGUCUUUCAUCCAUAGAUUCAAUCGAUAAUGAGUCAACUAUUCAAAACCAGUGCAAGGAGAGAAAAUGGUCAAUUGUUUAUUCUGGAGAUACACCUUCAUGUCCUGAACUUGCCGAAGCUGGGAGAAAUUGUGACUUACUGAUACAUGAGGCUACAAUGGUCGAUGAACAUGCUGAUUUAGCUAUCAGAGCUAGGCACAGUACAACAAGUGGAGCUAUUCAAACUGGACGUAAUAUGAAUGCUGCAUUUAUAUUGUUGAAUCAUUUCAGUCAACGUUAUGGACGUCUUCCACCAAUCGAUGAGUUUAGCCCAGAUGUGGCUGCUUCAUUCGAUUUCAUGCGUGUGAAAUUUUGCGAUUUACCCCGUCUUGCCUACUACAUCCCAUAUUAUCAGUACGCAUUUGCUAAACACUGGGCUCAGAGUAAAUCGAAAGCAGAUGCUUAUACAUGUCGUAAACUUCGUGAAGCUGAUGAAUUACUUGGAAAAAAUCCUCCACCUACUACUGAUAUCAGUAGUAAUAACAAUAACCAUAUUAAUAAUAAUCCUACUGUAAAUGACGAUCAACUCCUCGUGAUGAGCGUACAUCGAUGAUCAGAAAGGCUGUGGGUGCUGAAAGUGAACCUCACCACAUUUAUUUCGUCAUUUUUUUCUACGUAAUCAGCAUUUCUCAUAAAACAAUAGAGUAAUUUAUUUAAUACUUUUUCUCACUCUGUGUGUGUGUGGUUGUUCUGUCACUCCAGUUGUGUUUGUGAAGGGAAACACCGUCAAUGGGGAAAUCAAGUUCUUUUUAAAAAUUAGUUUUCAUAUAUAUAUACAUAAAAAUGUAUUUUUCA